AUGGCGAACUUGUUGAUCCAGCUAGGCACAGCCUUCACAGCUAAGGAGGCUACUCUGUUUUGUUCGGGGGUCAGCUUGACGUUGCUGCAGUACACAAGCCUAGGACCGCUUUGCGCCAUCGCAUCUGCAGCGAUUGUGCAGUUGUUAAGGGGUCUCACCUUUGAGCUGGCUGAUAUUGCUAACGUUGAGGUAGGUGAAACCAGGGAGUUUGGGAGCCGGCAGCAGGCCAAAAAUCUGAACGCGCUAGGUCGCUCCUACUGUAUGUCUACCUACCUUGAGGGAACCGGCAAUGAAGAGGGAGAGAAUGAGCGAACCUGCGCACAUUCGGAAAGAUUGCGAAAACACCUACCGAAGACACACGCCCAGGUGAUGAAGCGCCUGGAGAACACAUUUCUCUCGGAGCGCCUCUUCUUAUCGCGUUUGCCAGCAGAUACGUUCUCUUCCUCGUGCUCAUGGUCGACAAACAGGCCCCGCAGAGGCUUGGUGACUGCACAUAGCAAAGCGCACAGUUUAGAAUGGUUGCAGUGGCCGAGUGAUGAUCGGAUCUGCGGUUACAGUCGUCGGCACGGAUUGGGCCGGCGCCUCAAGGCGCAUCAAUUAGUCGACGAUAUCAUCAGGAUCAUCGGAGACGCAGAUUCCGCGCUCUACCGGCAGGUAGUACCUGGCGAUAUCCUGGCGAAUAGAAGGCGGCUGCCUAACCGCAAGUUACGACCUAGGGAGUUCAGGUUGGCGGCCUGUGCUAACGGAGGCUUCCGUUUGCGAGCGCCUUACCCGCCGAAUGUUAACGUUACGUUAGCUCCAUACCCUCGCAAUGUGGCUGGCGUACAAUCCGACCGGCAGAAGAUGGGCCACAUCGAGUUUCCACAGCAGUACAAGGGGGUGAAGUACAUUACCUUGAAGCGUCCAGUGCCCUAUCCGCGCGGAUCCGGCGCCUACGGCUUCGACAUUAACCGCAUUGUGAUACGGAAUAAUGCUUUCGGUACGAAGCGGUAG